ACACGGCAUGUUUGUGUGGUGUUCAAAUCGUUUCAUUAAAAAGACUCAUUUAGUAUAGUGCAUAUUUAUUUCCCUAAGCUGAAAGAUGGAGGUGGAAACAGCGAUGCCGUAUUUCUUCGGUGAUAUCGGCUUCUGGUCUGAGAGGACAGAGGUACACAAGGCUGCUUAUCAUGGUCAGGCGUCCGAGCUGCAGAGUCUGAUCCAGAGUGGAGCCUCAGUGAACAUAGUGGCUGUAGACUCCAUCACUCCACUCCAUGAGGCUGCCAUCCGGGGACAGACACAGUGUGUGAGGCUGCUGCUGGAUGCCGGAGCACAGGUGGACGCAAGGAACGUGGACGGAAGCACUCCUCUGUGUGAGGCGUGCUCUGUCGGGAGCUUUGAGUGUGUGCAGCUGCUGCUGGACUACGGUGCAAAAGUCAACCCUGCCCUCACCUCCCGCACCACCUCUCCACUACAUGAGGCCUGCAUGGGUGGUAAUGCUGAGUGUGUUAAGCUAAUGAUAUCAAAAGGAGCCAGUUUGGAAGCCUAUGAUCUGUACAAUGGGACUCCACUACAUGUAGCCUGUACUAACCAACGCCUGGAGUGUGUCAAGGUGUUACUCAAUGCAGGAGCUAAAGUGAACGCUGCCCGGCUGCAUGAGACAGCACUGCACCAUGCAGCGAAGGCCAACAACAUGGAAAUGAUCGAGCUGCUGGUGGAGUUUGGAGCAAACGUGUACGCCAAAGACAAGCAUGAGAAAAAGCCUGGCGACUACACCAGACCUAAAACACCUUCUGCUUUCUGUCUGCAGCUUUACGAAAGUACUCCUCUGUCUCUGCAGCAGCUGAGCCGUAUCGUCCUGAGGACAAAGCUGGGCACCAGAGCACUGCAGGCUGUGCCCAAACUGAACCUUCCAAAUCGUAUCAUCCGCUACCUCUGCCACCAGUGAGAUCUCCACACACAUACACUCAGGACAGGUGCGACUUCAAUGCUCCAACUUCACCUGCUCAACAACUACAUCAUAUUUCUCAACUAAAUAUCAUUCAUUAGGACCUGAUAUCCUAGUUACAGAUAAGAUAGAGAACAGAUUUCUCAUGAAAACUCUGAAUGCAGCAAACUUACUUUUUAACAGAGCACUUUGGUCUUUGAAUGUGCUGUAAUAUUAAAGGGACACUUUGGCCAAAAUGAAAGAUGUAAACAUGCCUUCUCACCACCUAUUGUGGUGCCACAGUAGUCCCAAGAGUGAGGUUUUCCAGUUUAAAGGCUGGGAAAAUCCACUUCAGAUGAUGUGUCUUAUAGGUGGGAGGAACUUCUGAAAAACUACAAGCACCUAAGGAGGGGCUGCUUGAAAUGUAUUGUUUUUGUCUCCCACAAGCUGACUAAUCCAGAAAGAAGCCAGUUAACUAACUUCCUGCGAGGAAGUCAAAUAUCAUGUCUGUGUUUAUUUGCCUCUACGUCUGUGGAGUUCUUUAUAACCAUAGAGGGAUUCUCAAUGGUUAUUUGUUGUAUUUGUGCAGUGCAUGCUGGGUAUUGUAGUAAUGGACAAAAAUGCAAAAAAGGACACAAAAACAUGAAAUCAGACUGAUGAGGCUGAGGGAUUUACAGGGUACUACAGAGUUACAUAUUAAAUGUUUUCAGGCCGGAAUGCCCCUAUAACUACUGUAAAGACUGGAGUAGAGGAGUUUUUACGGAAUAUACGUUAACCCUUAGAAGUCACAGUUAUCACCAGCAAUCAUGGUUUAAUUCUAUUGUACUUAUCUCUCACUCUGUUAAAAGUGCAAAAAAUUUUAUUAUGAUUUGAAUUUGAGGAAAAGUUAUUGUUGUGCGUGGGUUGAUAUAGUGUAGUGGGUAACACCUCUGCCUUUUGCGCUGUAGACUGGGGUUUAAGCACCCUACACUAUACCUAUAAGAGUCCUUGGGCAAGACUCCUAACACUACCUUCGCCUACCUGUGUAAAGUGAUCAAAUUAUAAGUCACUCUGGAAGGGAGCGUCUGCCAAAUGCCGUAAAUGUAAAUAUGAAAAAGUUUGAACAAAGUUUACGGUCAAAUUACAUUUUUACGGUCAAAUUACAUUUUUUGUUGAUUGAAGUGAAAAUUAGUUAAUCUAGUUAGUAGUACUAGUCUAAUUAGUAUCUUCCACAGAGAAUAAACUUAAAUAUGGCAUUUUCUAUAAACUUUAGUUUCUAAUUUCUUUUUUUGUUCUGCUUAGUGGAAAAACGUAUUGAUAAGGUGUGAAAAGUAAAGAAAAUAUGAAAUGUACCAACACUUCUGCACAGGCCACAUUUUAUGUUUGAUUUUUUUUCCCCAAUAUGUUAAAUUUAGCAAAUAUGUAUUAAGCUAUAUGUCAAAAGAACAGUAAUUGUGUGUAAAAUGUGCAGAAGUGUGUUCUCUGUAGAGUUUUGUUAAUCAACAAAACAUAAUUUGACGGGGCGCCCAAACUUUUGCACACAACUGUAUAGUCUUGUUUUGUGUAAAGGAAAACAACCAUAACCUUUCAUUUUUGUCAUUGCUUGAUAUUAAAACAAACAGAAAAUAGCUGUCAAUACAGAAUAAGUCGAACUUACAUAUAAUUCUUUGCGCAACUUACUAUAUUAUUAAAUACAUCAUUAUAUUAUUACACUUGAAUAGUAUAGCAAGAUGGCAGUAAUAACUCGACUUCUACGGGUUAAAACAAUUUGGUAGUGAAAACAGAGAGAAAGAUAUGUAAACCUGGCAGCUGUCUGUACUCAGGAAUUGCUCAGACUCUGAAAUGGAGUAAAAAGUGGCAGCACAUUAGUUGCAAUGGCUACAGCUGUGCUGUGUGCACAACACUCAGCAGGCCUGAAGCGGAACAAUCCGGAAGCUCAGAGAGGCUUUCCAAACACCGCCCUCUCAGACCUGACAACGGGAUCUGUUUUAGGCGGACACGCCGGAGAAAGUAAACACGGCGGGACAGAUGUUCAGCUCAUCCAUCUAAUUUCAGCAUUGGCUGAAAGAGUACAGGCCUCUUUGAGAUGGGGUUCAUAUUUUAAAGAUGCUUAUCCAAAAUUUGAUCGUGUCACAGUUGUAAAUGCAGUGCUUUCAUGGUUUGUUGUGACCCCUGCUAUGUAAUGUGCUCUAGUAAAUGACCUUGAGCCCCAGUCUUACAGCAUUUCUCUGUAUAAGGAUUCACAAUGACUCAGCAAUGCUUUGCUAAAUAGAAAAAAUAGUUCAUCAUAGCACAGUAUGCAGUGCAAGUAUUUUGUGAGCUAUUCUUGAUACUUUGAGUCCCAAAAAUCUUAAUCAGGAGUUGUUUCUCUCUUUUUCUCUCUCUAUGAUGCUUCUUUGCUGUGAGGAUGUUCUUAAAUGUCUGAGAUUUUUUAAGUGGGAAUUUUUAGGCCUUCAAAGCAGUGAUUAUGCCAGUGGCCCUGAACUGAAAAGGAAACAUGGCACAUUUCUGUGUUCUGUGCAACUGAGUACUCGCUUAAUCGCUCGAGGUGCCAGUAUUCGAAUACCGAAAUCAGCUUUCAGGAACUCGUUAUAGACAGAGAAAAUACACAAGCUAACAGUUCAGUGAAAUGCAAGAGUUUAGCUCGUAUUUGUGAGUAAGUGUGUUAUAAUUGGGUACUACAAAACACUUGUGCCUGAAUGUGAACGCAUUGUUAAGGAUGUGGCUGAGAAAGCAGCAAUAGGGCAAGUGUAGGCCUAACUAGGCUAGCUACUCUAACUCAUGUGAGCUCAGACCAGUAAAUAUGUAGUGAGGACAGUUGCCCAAAAUGAAUGGGCUCCUAUUUAGCUUUUGGGCAAAAUCCUAGUUUGUAAAUGCGUAAUGAUUUUUACAUAGAAAAAUGUCCCAGUUUUCUGAACACAAAACAUCAAAAAGUGUUUAAACACUGCUGUUAUGUUUUUUUGCUUUUGAACUAGAUGUGUUAAGAACAUGGAAGAGAUAGGAAGAAAGGGAGAAAUGCUGGUGGUCUGGGAUUGAGAGCUUGUUUGGCAAAUAGCAUGUUUCCUUUUCAGUCAAAUUCUUGAUAUUGUGUCUGUCUUAUACAAAACAUUAUUGUUUAAUUUUCGAAAAAUUAAGAUUGUCACUAGAAAAUUGGGACAAGGAUGUAACUUCAUGGUACCUUACACAGUAUGAAAAACACAGCACCUGCCAGUAGAAAAUAGUCAGUGGGCUGCUUUUUUUCCAUUUGCUUUUCAUUUUGUUUUUUUGUUUGUUUGUUUUUGUCAUUCCUAACCAGAAACACUACACAGUUACAGCUAUAAUUUACAUAAUGUAAUUAAUAUAACUAAUAAUAGGCCCAUCAAAACAACACAUGGGCUAAUAGGGGUAUAAUGACAUAUAAAGUUCAUAAUUUGGUUCGAUAUAAUACAGUGGUGUCUCUAUUUAGUACAUUUUCCAGUAAAUUAUUUGCAUAUUAGUAAAUUUACUAUGUUUAAAACAAAAGUUGUGCUUUAUAUGUCCUGAUUUAAAGCUGUAGCCACAAGCUAAUAUGUUACCCCCAACCCAACGCAAGCCACAGGCUAACAUGUUUGAUACAAGCUAAAUAGUCAUGAUACAACAAUGCAGUACAAUGCAGUGCAAUUCAGUACAGUGCAAUGCACUGCAACACAAGGCAAGUCAAGUGGUCCUUAUUGUCAUUCAUUGAUAUGACUUGUAUACAUUGGAACAAAGUGUUGUUCCAAACAAUACAAUUUAAUCCAGUGCCAAACAAUACUAUGAGGUUGGCAGAUAUAAGUAAAUAUGUAUUGAACAUUUCACAUUCUGUACUGCACUAACACCAGUUAAACAAACUAGUUAUGUUCUCUUUUUAAUAAACCAUGCAGUUAUUUGGUGUUUUUUAAGCAAAGAGGAUUUCCACAGUAUAGUCAGAAAAGCAUAUUGUGUAUCACGAUAAUAAAAUUGAUCACAAUAGCGAUACAAUAUUGUCAUAUUACCCACCACUACAAAAAUGUAGUUGUAUUGUUGCAUCCCUGUGGGCUGUAUUACAACUUGAAAUCAUACUGCAGAAGCAGUUGCCCUAAGAGGGUCGUUAUUGUUGUACAAACUUCGUUAAAGUUUUUUUUGGUCAAUAAGUCAAAGCAAAUCCGUGUAAAAUGAUCAAAAGGUGCAAGCUAGGUGAAGCUUUAGGUAGGCCUUAUUUGUUUUAGCCCCCUUAAUGCAACAAUUAAAAUUGCCCAAUAUUAAACAUUUUUAGGGGAAACACUGUCCUCCUUUCUGCUAAAGAGUGGACCUGUUUUGUCUGACCUUCUUUUACAUGUUUGUAUUAUUUAUUUACUGUAACUGUUGCAUUUUCUCUAUUUUGUACAUUUAUCUGAUCGGACGUUGGUUCAUUGAAUCUGACUGUUCUUCCAAGCCAACAAGUUCUCUCAACCCUUCUUAUGCCUGCACAACCACGUGCCUCUUCUGUCCUGCAUUUAUACUCAUGGACAACACUCUAAAAAUAAUCGGCCAGCCAGAAAUAGCUCAGCUGCUCGCUUGAAGCGAGAGAAAUGAGUUUUCCUCUCCUGCACUGUCCCGGAGGCCUAGCAGGGCCAGAGCACACUUCUAAACAGGGCUGAGAACAGGCAGAAGAAUGCUGUUGUUUCAGCGCCACUAACCCUCUUCUGGAACUGCACUCACAGACUGGACGGCAGCUAUGGGUGGAAUGCUUGGUUUCCCUUUUUUUCUCCCUCAGUUUUCUCCUUGGGCAGAACCUUUAAAGGACUAAAUGUUUUUUUUUUUCUACUAGUCUUAAUUGUAUGAGCCUCACAGCAAAAAUAGCACAGUGUUCUUUUAGGGAGGCUGGCUGUGCUUUCAGUGCUGUUGGCAGGGUCAUAGAUCAUAUAAUUUAGUAAUUAAUUUAUCAACCUGUUUUAUAAAUGCUCAAAGUCACAAAGUCAAAGUUACAGGGUGCUUUGGAUAUCUUGUCAAUGAAUCUUAAGUGUGUGCAUCACGCAUUGAAUACACUUUAUAGUGAAUUUAUCAUGUGCAAUGGACGUGUUUAAAAAAAAUUAAAAGUUGAGUUGUAAAAUGUUAGCAUUGUUGUGUUUUUCUUCUGUGUCCUGAGUAAUACAAUCAGACUGUUCUGCAAAAAAAAGAAAGGAAAAAGCUUAACAUUAACACUUAAAGGGAAAUAUCUGCAUAAUGAAAUCUUCAAAAUGUAAACAAAGCCAUGUAAAAUGCUCUGUUCUAGAGAAACUUACCAAACCAGGAUUGUUCAGAAUGGUGAUGAUGGGAACCAAACGUCUGAAGCAUUUAUUGCUAUUAA